GCUCCUCCUUCCAGGGCAGCGAGAACGUGACCGUAGGGGAAAGAAAAGCUCAGCUGUCCGUUGAAAUAAAAGCUCAGGCGGCCUCCUGGAGAACGGCCUCGCUUACGGCAGCCCGGUGAAAAUCGAGACGUUUCUGCCCCGGGCAGCGCGGGCUGGGCCUGCAGCGUUGUUGCAGUUCCUCCUGCCCUCACUGGGCUUCAUCUUCUGGUGUCAGUGGGAGACGAGGUUCCUCCACAUCCACAGCUGUGCAGCAGCGCUGGUUUGCUCACAGGAGGCAGUGAACAGUAAAGGCGGUUAACUGCCAGGUUUUGAUGCCUUGUUUUUCCGAACAAAGUACAACGAUUUUAAGAGGUCGGAGGUUUGAAAUCCAUGCAGCGUGGUUAAGCUGCUAACUCGGGGUUGGGCUUUAUCUGUGCUUCUGUGAGUGUACUCAGAGAGUGAGGUUACUCAUCUAAUGAGCAGUUUGCAGGAGUGAAACUCGAGUGCUUGUUUCUGUAUAAUCUAUAAGGUAAAACCAUCGGCAGGCAGGCUCUGUGGUGAGAUAGCAUAGUUCUGCUGAGCGGGCCCUGCAGAGGUCAGCACACCCCAUGCUCUGCUGUCAGCUGGCCGCAGGCUGUUCGGGUUCCUCAGUGCUUGGCACAGGGGGAACUUGCUGUUGGAGCUCCUUAGAGGGAGUGUUCGGCUUCUUGAAAGGCUAAUUAAGAACAACCUGUUGGCACAGCUGGAGGAAUUUGGCAAGAUGAGGCCUGUCAUUGUGGUACACGGUGGAGCUGGCCGGAUCUUCAAAGAACGAGAAGAGGGAUGCCGUGCUGGUGUUGUCAGAGCAGCGCUGCAGGGUUAUGGUGUCCUGAAACAAGGAGGCAGCGCCUUAGAUGCAGUUGAGGAGGCAGUACGGUCAAUGGAAGAUGACCCUCAUUUUAACGCAGGCUGUGGUUCUGUUCUUAAUGAAGAAGGUGAAGUAGAAAUGGAUGCAAUUAUCAUGGAUGGAAAAAAUCUGGCCUCUGGAGCAGUAUCUGCAGUUAAAUGUAUAGCAAACCCAAUAAAACUAGCUCGACUUGUCAUGGAAAAGACAAAGCACAUGCUGCUAACUGACCAUGGUGCCCAGCUCUUUGCUCAGGCUAUGGGUGUUCCUGAGAUUCCGGGGGAGAAACUCAUAACUGAGAGGUCUCGGGAGAGAUGGAAGAAGAACCUUGAGCCAGAUUCCAACCCUGUGGAGUUCCAGAAAGACCUGGGAACAGUUGGUGCUGUUGCUGUAGACAGUGAAGGAAAUGUAGCUUGUGCAACAUCCACUGGAGGACUCUCUAAUAAAUUGGUCGGCCGUGUUGGUGACACAGCAUGCAUAGGAAGCGGAGGUUAUGCUGAUAACUCUUCUGGUGCCACUUCAACCACAGGACAUGGAGAGAGCAUUAUGAAAGUAGUCUUAGCCCGACUGAUCCUCUAUCACAUGGAGCAAGGAAUGUCACCAGAGAUGGCUGCUGACACUGCAUUAGAAUACAUGAAGACUCGAGUUGGGGGCUUGGGAGGUGUCAUUGUUGUAAGCAGUUCAGGAGAGUGGGCAGCAAGGUUCUCCACCAAGCAGAUGUCCUGGGCUACUGUAAAGGAUGACAAACUACAUUAUGGGAUUUACACUGGGGAGAGGCAUACAAAAUCUCUUGAUGAAGCACUCGCAUCUGAAAGUGAGGGGUUCUGAGAUUGAAGAACCAUUGACUAUGGUCGAAUGAAAAUCUCCAUUCUUUUUUGGAGGACAGUAACAAUUGAUUUAAUCUUUCUCGAGAGAUCUGUACAUUAUUGAUUGAUUCACAGACAUUGCUAUGCUUUGACCCAAAAUGAAACCUGGACAUCGUGAUCAUGGAUAUAUGUAUAGUGCUUACCGGUGCCUUUGGACAGUCCGAUCUUCCAGGAGAACGUACAGUUUGAGGGCUGUAGGUUUAUGUGUUUGCAUUCUUUAAUCCUACAUUAAAGGGAGCCUAAAUUUCAGGAAUAGAAAAGCUCCUUGUCAUGCCUGUUCUCAGAUGCUUUUUCCAGGAUGAUUAAAGAGAUAAAUUUUUACUAUCUAAAAACUGAAUUCUGAAACUCACAUAGCUCUCCAAUGUAUCUUGAGCAGUCAUACCUCGAUAGCAAAGUUCUUACUGUCAGUGAAAAAUCAUUAAACAGUAAUAAAAAGUUGAGACUAAUUUAUCAUCACAUGCAGUAGGGUGUACUGUAUGCUGUUUCCUGACUUAACUAGAUUUUUUUUUUAAACUGUGUUACAGUUUAAUGGAUUUUAGCAGAUGCUGUGUCAUGGGUUUCCUUUGGGGCCAGGUAUGUAUGUAUUGCAUGUCAUCAUACAGUGGAAUGUUCUUACAAGAUAAGCCAAAUAAACAUAGCAAAAAUCUUAAAUUAGAUUUUAAAACUA